AUGAAGUACUCUGUCGCUCUCGUCGCUGCCGGCGCAAGCUUGGCCAUUGCCCAACAGGACAUCAACAGCCUGCCGCCAUGUGGCGUGACAUGCAUCACCAACAUGCUCGCCAUCGGCCCCUCGUUCGGCUGCCCGCUCGGUGACGCCGUGUGCUACUGCUCCAGGCCAGAGUUCGGCUAUGGUGUCCGUGAUUGCGCUGCACAGGCCUGCCAGGAUCAGGGCAAUGUCCCAUCCGUCCUGAACUACGGAGCCACCUACUGCGCAGGCAAGUGA